GAUGGGCGACAUCUACCGCGAGUGGAGUAAGUGCGCGCGCGUGUGUGUGUGCUGCGCGUUGGUGCAACCUGUAUGCACGAUAAUCGCGCGUGUGAGAGAUAUUCGGGUUGAAGAAAAGUGAAGGAGCGAUAAAAAGCAAUAUUUCGUUGAUUUUGUCAAUGAAAAAUCAAUCAAAGUGUCGAGUGCUUAGGUUGAAAAAAUUGUUUAAAGUCAUCGAGAGAACGAGAAAGAGCGAGAGAGAGAGUGAGAGUAAAACCAGAGAGUUGGAAGGAGAGAGUGAGAAAGCGGGGUGGUGGUGAGUGGAACAGAGGAGGAGGGAGAGAAGCGCGUUAGAACGAGUGUGUGUGAGAAGGCAGAGGCCGCGCGCGAUCGCGAGAGUGUGGGCCGGCCCCGAAGCCGUUUGAUGGAUCCUACGAUCGGUUGGGAUCAACCGGAGCAAUUUGGCCCCGCGAAAGACUUGUGGUUAAGAAUUUGGGAGGCCGAAAAAGGUCUCGAUAUAUUGACCCUCAAGCACGAUCAUUUUGGAGGCGGUGUUAUGGGGAAUAAAGAUUAUCUGCCACUCGAUACUAUGAACAACCGUCUAAGUGGUAGUGGUGGUGUCGGUGUUGGUGGCGGUGGCGGUGGUGGUGUCGAGCACGAUAGAACGUCGAAUCAGCAGCAACAGCAAAGGCCCAUUGUACAGCACAAUACUUGUAACAAUUACUACAAUCCAUCCCGGAGGAAAAGCGAUAAUCGCGCUAGUACCUACGGCAUGAACUAUAAUCACGAUGCCCUGAUCGGCGAAUACGGGGGUUGUCCUUGGCGCAUACCUAAUAAGCGUUAUUCCACAGGAAUCAUUGGGUUGCACGAAGAAAUUCAAGAUUUCUUUACAUACAUGUGUCCAUCGAACGAAGAGCACAACCUCAGAGUAAGAGUGAUUAAGAGAAUAGAGCAAGUAAUUCACGACCUGUGGCCCAAUUCUAAAGUAGAAGUUUUCGGGAGUUUUCGUACCGGCCUUUAUUUACCCACAAGCGAUAUUGAUCUGGUUGUGAUAGGAAUGUGGGCAAAACUUCCACUUCGCACAUUGGAAAAAGCACUGUUAGACCAAAAUAUUGCAGAGCCACAUUCGUUAAAAGUAUUGGAUAAGGCGAGUGUUCCAAUAGUCAAACUCACGGAUAAGGAAUCCGAGAUCAAGGUUGACAUCAGUUUCAACAUGAGUAACGGUGUCAAAUCAGCAGAUUUCAUAAAGUCUUACAAAAGGCGAUAUCCCGUGCUUGACAGGCUGGUCAUGGUAUUGAAACAAUUCCUAUUACAGCGAGACCUCAAUGAAGUCUUCACUGGUGGGAUUUCUUCCUACAGUUUAAUUCUCAUGACCAUUAGUUUUUUACAGUUACAUCCUCGGCAAAAUGCUUACUGCGAAGGUGCCAAUUUGGGCGUUUUACUCAUUGAAUUUCUAGAACUGUAUGGUAGAAAUUUCAAUUACGUUAAAACUGGUAUUAGGGUAAAGGAUGGCGGUACUUACAUAUCCAAGGAGGAGGUUCAACGAGACAUGAUCGACGGACAUCGACCUUCAUUGCUUUGCAUUGAGGACCCUCUCACUCCUGGUAACGAUAUCGGACGCAGUAGUUACGGAGCUCUCUAUGUUAAAGACGCUUUUGACUGGGCUUAUUAUGUACUUUCUCAAGCAGUCAAUCCUCUGAAUACACUUAUCAAUGAUGCCAGCAAAGUCAGUAUAUUGGGAAGGAUAAUACGAGUGACUGAUGAAGUAAUAGAGUAUAGAAAGUGGAUAAAGGAAACAUUCCCUCUUCCUCUCGGAGAAAUGGAUUCAUUAUCGAGCUCAACGAGUUCUGACGCAUCGACGCUUUCCGCGCCAGCCAGUGACACCGACUCCGAAUGCAGUCGUGGGAAUUCGCCAAACACUGGAAUUGGGAAACCCGGUGAUGAGAGAAACUCGGAACGACAUCAGUACAAUUCUGCGAGCAACAAUCAACAACAAUCCCAACAACAACACCACCAACAACAUUGGAAGAAACCGUACCGGCCUGCGAGUGGCAGUCAUGUCAAUCACCAAAACAAUUCGAGGAACAAUUAUUCUCGUAGCAUGAACAACAACACGCCGGGUCAACAUAAAUCGAAAAAUCUUCAGCACGGUGGUGGCAACAACAACAUGAUGAACAACGGCGGUAAUAAUAACAACAAUCAGAGUCCAGGUUCAAGAGUGCAAGGUCCAAAACGAAAGAAAUUUCCGGCCCAUCGAGGCCCGGGCGAUUGCGUACGGUGAUGAAAAGUCUGAUCGGGCUGCUCGUCGGUGGUGUUCACGAAUGCUUCUUGUUUCAUAAACAAGUUAAUAGAAUUGACAAAAAAAGAAACAAACCAAACCUCGAGAAGAUUCGCACACGUCCUAAAUCAUAGUGCGAACAAAGUUCUUCUCUCAUUGGCAACGAUACACUGCGGUGAAGCAAACGACUGCAUGUGUUAAGUAAACGUAGAGAGCUCAUUGAUAUUUUAAAAACUCGAGAAACUGCAAUGAAGAGAAUUUUCUAUCUCGCCCUCUUCAAGUUUCUCGCUCGCUCCAUCCGCAUCGCGUUUCGAAACUUCCAAACAGAAGCGCGGUUAGUUGUCACGAAAGCUCAAUAACGACGGCAACCAUCUUGGCAAGAUCAUAGCAGUAAAAAAUAAAACAAAAAAAAAAUAGUUGUAAUUAUAAAUAAUUAUUGAUAAUAAGAGAGGGCAAAAGAAAGGAGGAAAUCAACAGAAUGUCCAUGAGCGCCAAUUUUUCUUCUAAUCGUAACACUGUGAUUUUUCGUUUAUUUUAUUUUAUUUUUUUUUUUUUAAAUAUUAAAUCAAGGGGACUUUGUUGCGUUCGAUCGAUUGAUUUGUCAAGAUUCGCGACAACCACGCGACAGUUUGAUUUCCUGUGCUUUUUCUUCUCUGUAUCCAAUGUACGACGAUGAUGCUGAAAAUGACGAAAUACCGCAAUUUUAGUUUUUAUUAUAAGGAGGACUAGAAGGAGAAAGAGGAGGAGGAGGAGGAGAAGGUGAAGGAAAUAGGAUGAAAUCGAACAAAAAGCAAACAAAGUUCACUCACUGUCGAUGUGUGAAAUUUCGUAAAAUCGACACAGAAAAGACUUCGCGAUUCUCUAUAAAUAUCUAUAUAUAAUAUUAUAACGUAAACGCGAUAAAAAAAUGCACACUGCUAAAGGGAGCACGGAUGAUUCGAUAAUAAUCAAACGACAUGCCCGUUGUAUAUAUUGUAAAAAAUCGAACGAAAACAAAAAAAAAAUAACGUAAAAAAAUGUAACCAGUUGAAACGUUCCCGAGUGAAUCGGAUUCGAUUGUUAAUUUUGUUGAUAUAUAUAUACGAUUUUUUUUUCUCACGAUUUUAUUCAGCCUCCGUCGAAGAACACCUCAUCAUUAUUAUGUACUGUAAAACGAAACGAAAAAAAAAAAGAAAAAAGAAACCGAAUACGAAUAACACCAGUUUACUUGACGUGUACAUUAUCGAAUAUGGAUCAAUUCCAUAUUUAACUAUAAAUAAUAUAUAUAUUAGCUAUAUAUAUUAUAUAUAUAUAUAAAUAUUACGAUUUGCGAGAUUGACCAUUAACAUUGAACGUGUAAUAUAUGUAUGUUUAGUUUGUUCUCACUUCCUUUUUUGUCGCAUACUCGCAGAGGCUCUUUGUACAGACUCGAAGGAGAUCGUACGAGCUAUUUUAUAACAUAAAUGUAUAAAUCUGUGGACGGAUGAAUGAGAUUUUUUGCGCCAUUCUUAUCGAAUGAUAGCCAAUUUCUAUAUUUUCCUUUCCUCGCUCCUCUCCCCCUUUUUCUCCUUUAUUACUCUGCGCCCUCUCUUUUUCUCUUACACAUCAUUGCUGCUAUGAAUAACGUUUAAAAACUAUUGUAAUUUGUACAAACUUACUAAAGACUGUUGGCGCCCAUUAGAUACUCUUCUGUAAUGCGGUCUUUGUAAGAUAUCACUUUAUUUAUAUACAACACACACUGUAUCAUAAUCUCAAGUACAAACUAUAGUUGAUUACGUUUUCAUAAUAAAAGAUCAAAAGCCUGAAA